AUGCCGGAUUCUGGACCUGCGCUUAGCCCCUCCGUGGAGGCUGAGAUCGACACAGCAUCACCACUGAGGUUAAGAAGCACCCAAGUGCAGGACCAGCAUCCAUUCAAGACAAAUCUUGAGCUCGAGCGUCAACUACGUGGUAGAGAUAAAUCCAGAAAUAGCUACCUUGAAUUGCAAAGGUAUAUCCAAUCGGCAGUCCUACCCCACAAAAACCGCCACGACAUUGACGAAGACUGUGCCCGGCUUAGCUCUAAUCCUGAUGAAAAAGAUAAUGGCACCCCCGAUACCCAUAAGGGACUUUCAAACAGCAGACCUGAAGAGAAAGAUCCUAGCCAGACAAGGGGGAAUGAGCACUAUAUUGAACCUGAAAAACGGGCAGUGUGGCUUCCAAAGCAGACGAAGUUGCCCUUUGAGUGUUUCCCUGAUGAUAUUUCCAUCGAUGGCAAUGAUGACGAUACCGAGGAAUCUGAACGGCCAAAUCUACACCAUUGUCGAUUCAAAAGCCCAUUUAGUCAAGUGCGGAAUUAUCCCACCGGGGGCCCCCCUCCAAGACGCACCUCCUUGCGAACUGUGAUUCUUAGCCCAGCGCUCUCUCCUACACAAAUCGCAGCUGAUAUUAGCUCGUGGAGUGAGAAUAAUGAAGAAGAGGAGGAGGAGGAGGAAGAAGAAGAAGAAGAAGAAGACGACGAAGACGAGGAGGAGGAUCACUCUUGUUCGGACCAGAUUCGACAAAUGGAACGCCGUGAUCAAAGUAUGGAAGAGAAAUACCCAAUUCUGGCCGGUCCUAAAAUUCCAACAUUACAAAGAUCCGAUGCUUUCUGGAAAAUAAAGCCUCCCGAAGGACAUAAUCUGUUCCGAAGCCUUGUCAAUGGUUUCAUAUCCCUGCCUCAGGCCCUUUUGAGCGUGGAGGACGACAUAAUCCAAACGCUGCAAUAUCCCGUCAAAAAGGAAGAUUUAUAUUUCGAGUUAGGGCAACGAGAAUCGGAAAUACAAGCCAUUGUAGCCUCCCAUUGUGGACUACCGAGUCCCGAUCAUGUGUUUGUCUCAAAUCCUACUACAGGAGAGACUUGGCAUCAUGGUCGUUUCAAUCUUUGUAUCCCUGUGUAUGUUGCUUAUCCGGGGGGCGAGGAACCAACACCACUAGCAUUCAAGCUCCCAUUGCCGUAUAUGGUUGGCGAGGAAGAAUUUCCUGGAAAUGCAGAAGAGAAGUUACGAACAGAGGCAGCAACCCAUAUUUGGGUCAGUGAAAAUUGCCCAGAUAUUCCAAUCCCAAAACUCUACGGGUUUGGGCUUCCAGGCGGACUCAGUUACUUCAAGCCAGAGUGUGUUACAAUAUGGCAACGCAUAAAAACAUAUGCAUACCGUAUCUUCCACCGUCUCUUCCUUGGUAACUCAGAUUUCAGUCAAUAUAUUCCCCAGAAUCGCACUGCGCUUCUGAACCAUGGCUAUAUGUUAACCGAAAGGAUCAUGGUCAACGAUGAGUUAAGGCCGUUGCCCGACAGACUUGGAAUGCGCCAUAACGACCUUCAGUUACAUUACGAGAAAUUUAUUCAGAAAUCGAAGACGCAAAAUCUGUACCGCAGUUUUGCGAAGGCCAUGAUGUCACUCGCAAAUAUUCCACAACAACGAAUUGGCUCCUGGACUAUUGACAAUAAUGGCCGACUAUCGUUAUCUAAUCGCCCCCUAUUUUCUCGCAUCAGCCGGUUUGAGAAUUUAGGAAUUCCGAGUGGUAUUCCGCGUGACACCACCUACAUCAGUACAGAUAGCUUCUACAACGACUGCAUUGGUAUCCAUGACAACCGUAUUGACUACCAGAAGAAUAUUUUACCCAACGAGGUAGAAGCUUUUGAGACUGUUUCUACCAUAGUUUUCAUGAGAUCCAUAUUACCUCAAGUGGUGGAUACUACUCUCCGCCAUGGCCCAUUCGUCAUGCAACUAGGAAGCAUGCCUGUUCAAAAUAUUCUGGUUGACAAAGAGUGGAAUAUCAAACAGUUCAUCGAGGUUCAAUCUAUAUGCUCUUUACCUAUAGAACUAAUGUCACCACCUUCCUGGAUAACAGGAAAGGACAUCGACAAAUUAUUGUCUACAGAGGAUGACCGGCUCCAGAUAUGCUAUAGGCAAUUUACCCAUACCCUCCGGCACGAAGAAGCCAAACGACCUCUACUCCCAAACGGGAAACUUCACUCUGACACUCUUAUUGAUGGGCUGCAUUCCUCGAAGUUCUGGCUUCUCCAGGCGUUACAAUCCUCGGGGAACCCACUACACACCUUUAGACGUGUGAAAGGUUAUAGAGACAAUUACGCUGGGAAAGGCAAGCCGCUUGCGGCAGCGGCAUUCAGGCCUCAGAUUUAUGACUACCUGAAGUACAAGAUCGCGUCAUACGUCGACUACCGGAAAGAUGUGCAGAAACUAUUCAACGGUGAGUAUGGACGAGUGUAUGACGAAGAAGAGCUUGAUUAUAUUCGACGUCGACCUAUAGUACCCGAAAGAAGGUAG